UAGAAAAAAAAAAGGCAGAAUAUUGCUGAAUCCGCUAUGUACGUGUCAGCAGGAGACGUCGGCAGCCACUGCGGCAAGCAACGUGUAAGCUCAUGCAGUUAAUCCCAUUAAAAUACUUCUCCCACUACAACUAACACUAUAAGCAACGAAAAAUGUCUUCUUUAUCAUCUUUUUCUCCUUUCUGCAAAUGGAUUCUGAGGAAGAGACGAAGAAGAAGGUGGAUCACCUCCACGCCGCCGUUCACCAGCUAUUGGAACACAGAAGGCUCAACAGCAACAGGAAUCGAGAAGAAAGCCGCCUCCUUUCCAGAUUACUCUGCCAGUUUCUGCAGCUGGAAUCGUUGGAGGAAGAUACGCAGCCCACCUGUUUGACGAAAUGUCCCUGCGGAGCAAAGUGCUGCGGAGCCAACCAGGAAGCUGGUAAUGAGGAAAUCGCCAGGGAGCUGAAGAGCAUCAAGAAGCAGAAUUUGAUUAGCCAUUGUCUUCUCGCCGUGAUGAUCGUUGUCAUGGCGGCAUGGCAGAUUUCCGAGGUCUCCUUGCUGCUGUCAGUGAAGGAGAAGCUCUCCAAUCCUUUGAAGAUUGUGGGGAAUCUGCUCAGGAAUUCCAUUAAGUGGCGAGAGAAAAAGACUGAGAUUGAAGGAACUGCUUUACCGAUUAUUGAAUUGCCGCAGAUUCCAGAUAUUGAUCUUGCGUUUCUGCCAUUCAGUAAUAGUAAUAAUAGUAAUGGCAAUACUAAAAACAAUGAUGAGGUUUGAAGAUCGCAUGAAGAAGUUGCUUUGUGUGUUAAAAAUGGCUGUUUUGAAAUGGAGGAAUGAAUAGAAGUUCUUAAUA